AUGGUGCGGACUUGUGACUAUCCGGACUGUACAAACAAAGAUGUGGCGCUUUCUCCUCACACAUUUCAAAGAUUUCCUGUGGCAGAUGUUGCUCUGAGGCGACUUUGGCUCAUUGCUCUGGGCUUCAAUGUGAACACUAAACUGGCGAAGAUAAAGAAGCUUCGCGUUUGCAGUGCACACUUCAGCGACGACGACUAUGUUUCUUCCUGCCCAGGACAGAGGAAGCAACGUGCUUUGAAGAGUACUGCUGUCCCAGCACCCUGGGCAUGCACUUCUGUUGUGAUGGCUGCAACAGCCCAGUCUGGGUGCAGUACUGAUUCAAUCCCUGACGAAGUGGACCACGCAUUCUCUGGACUCCCUCAGUCAACCGUUCCAAAAACAAAGCCAUCAACAUCUGGUACAUACUUGGCCCUACCUCCCACCUGUGAACAGUCAAAGUCAGGGAACCCGAGCUCAACAGUUGCAUCUGAGACACUGGAGACAAGCAUGAGUUCCAUAGAGGCACCUAGUGUAGGGGAUGACUGCACAUUUCUUCCUCUGAGUAGUGAAUGUACAUCCACAAGAUCAUCUUCCUCAGACGUGAGCAUUGUGGGAGCAGAAAGGAGAGGUGAUUGGUCUGAGAGGAAGUGGAUUGUGAACGAGUCGGCCCUUAUGGAACUGUUUUUAACUUGUCUCACAUGUGGUGUAUCCAUUACUGACAAGAAAAUCACCAGCUGUGGAUCAAAGAUCAAAAUAGAAUGGACUUGUCUCAAUCACCAUACAGGAGUGUGGCAGUCAUGUCCAGAUGUCAGUGGAAUCCCUGAGAAUAACCUAGUGUCCUCAGCAGCCAUUAUGUUCACUGGAACAACACAAAAUGAAAUUGCAGAGUGGGCCGAUCUUCUGAAUUUACAGCUUCCAAAGAAGACAUCGUACUACUCACUACAGUCCACUUAUAUGAUACCUGUAAUUCACAAAGCCUACACUGACAUGCAAGAAAAAAAUAUCGCCCAACUCCAGGAAGCAGCGUCUCAUGGUGGACACACAGAUAUUUGUGGUGAUGCAAGGUAA